AUGCCCAAACUACAGAAGCAACCACUGAUGCCCCAACUACAGAAGCAGCCAAUGAUGCAGCAACUACCGCAGCAGCUGCCGCUGAUGCACCAGUUAUUGGCAACUACAGCAGCAGCCACUGAUGCAGCAACUACUGCAGCAGCCACUGAUGCAGCAACUGCAGCAGCAGACACUGAUGCACCAACUGCUGCAGCAGGCACUGACGCCCCAACUGCAGCAGCAGCGACUGAUGCACCAACUACUGCAGCAGCCACUAAUGCACCAACUACUGCAGCAGGCACUGAUGCACCUGCGGACGAUCCAACUGUUAUAGGAAAUGAUUUCGUAGCAGCUAAUAAUAUUUCGGUAGGAAAUUUGAAUACGCUUGGAUCAGCAAUCGGAAAUGAUGUCAACCAGCCCUCGCACACAGAUGGUGACAAAGCUGUCAACGGAAAGGACACAGCAGUCAUCGACGGCCUACCUGAUCACAUAGCGUACUCGUGUGAUUUCGAGGACGGCGAUUGUGACUUUGACAAUGGCACCUUCUACCGAUGCUGGAUGGUCAGUGGAUGCGAUGGUCAGGCAGACUGCAAGGACAACUCGACUCCCAACAGUGAAGGUCAUUUCCUAAACCUGGACCACGAAUCGAGCGAGUGUCGAGCGUCGCUGUUUGAGCUGGUCAACUCUCCUGUAGUCAGCAUCAGCGGCAGUGAGCAGUGCCUCACGUUCGCCUACAGAAUAACGGGAUCACGCGCGAUGAGGGUAAUGCUACAACAGGACAGCCUACCGCAGGCCGACCAGAUCUUGCUCAUACAGGCUAACGAGGAGACGAACCCGGACUGGACCACAGUUCGACUGCCUAUACAUGCAUUCUAUGAUUACAAGGUUGGCUUCGCCAUGUACACGACUGGAGAGGAGAUCGGCGAUGGAACAAUCCAGAUAGAUGACGUCAACGUCUACAACCAACCCUGCUCGGCUGCGGCGCAGGCGUAGAAACACAGUGGCUAUCGGAUAAAGGGACACGAGGAGUGCAGUUCUCGUAAGCGGAGCGAAAAUCUCUAGUGCACGCUCUGAUGUGGGCUUGAUGAAAUAGGGCGUGCACGCGUUCUUUUAAUACUUCAGCAACCGUAAAUGUCGGUUGAUUGAAGAAUGUGCCAUGAAACCCUUUAUCCUUCCAAGAAAAGACAAGAUAAAAAUUGGCCAAUCACGAAAGAGGGAGAAGGUUCCCUUUGUAUUUAGAAGAUUAUAUUUUGUAUAUCGUUCGUGUUGAUUGUUUCAAGGGCUCACCGCGCGGGGCGUGGUCUACGCGACCGUGUAUAUACAAUGAUAUGACAUUAUCAUGGCCUUGACGACCACGAGUGCUUUCCCGUGUCACCCACGUUUACGCUCGAUUAUCGAAAUUCUUCGAAAGCUGUUUGGCGGUGAUGCGAAAUAUAUUUACAUGCGUGAUCAGCGAGAGGUAGUCUGCGCUACGAACCGACAGUACGACCAGCAUGAUGGCGCAUAAUUUUGCAUCAAUAUACGCAUUAAUUAACGUGGCAUUGAACGUGCAAUUAUCUCGGCACAUGAAUUCGUGAUCCUGAACUCAAUUUCCAAACUUAAACGCAUAUAUAUAUGCAUAUAUAUAUAUAUAUCAAAUCAGUAUGGGAACUUCUCACUUGCGAAUUACAUCAGUCACUCGUUAAUAAUGUAGGAAACCUUUACCGAAUAGAACGGCGCUGUCGUAAUUCGGAAUGCGAGGUCUGAUCAAACAGAGCGAAGCGAAAUUGCCUAGCGAGUCAAGCGGCGCCUUCAAUCGGGUUUAUCAAAAUCGUAGCGACGCCGCUUGUGUGUGCCGCCAUAAUUAGUAUGCUAGGCAGGCGUAUACAGUGACUACAUGCAUCGCGUUCGAUCGAUAACAAUCACCUUCAUCAGAGUUAAUUUUUUUAUAAAUCGAAUUAUAUAUGUAUAUAAAUUUUUAUAUAUGAUUAUAUAUCCGAGUUGACCGGCAAGGCGCGUUCGAACACAAGAUGCGAGUCGAAUAACUUGUCUAUUAUAGAUAUGCACAAAUACAGAGUGUAUGCGUGACACUCGUCACUAUUUAGAAGAGAAAUAUGGACUAUGUUUACAUUCGCCAGCGGUUGACGACACUGUGAUAUGUGCUGGUGUAACGGUGCUCUGUAUUUCGUUAUCUAUAUUAUGUCAAUUUUUGAAAUCGCGAUAUUGUCGUUUUAAAAUGUCAGACGCUAUCACACUUGUAAAUAGCAAUGAUUUACAAUGUGAAGUUUGAAAUGCACAAGGCCGCUUUUACGGUAGAGAUAUCGAUUAGUGGGCCAUAUUCAUUUCUCUGCGUUUAAAAGGGUGUAUGCAGUUGAAUACUGUCAUUGUACAUAAUAUAUAGGUGUCUGAACUUGCUUAUUUUUUUUAUACAGGUAAGUGUUCGCUUUGGUUGCUUAAAUACGACCAAUUAAAUAACACCGAAUUGCCUAAAGCCGGUAUAGUACCACACGCACAAAACCGCAACAAAAUCACACAUGGCGAAAACCUCCCUCGUAUCUAAUGGAACAGCUAGCUACGCCAUCUCUUAGUACAAUAACACCCUACCAUAACGCAAUUCCCUGCAGAUAAGAUCAGUUAACCGCUACCAGAAGACGAAGCGAUCACUAGAGUAUUCAAACUCCCUGACGUGAAUAACUAAUAAGUAGUCAUUUUAAACAGAGCGUAAUAGUAUACCGGGUGUUGACACACAGGAUGUCAUUACAAAUCGCACACGCUUAAAACGCAACAACGUGGCCAAUGGAAUGGUUAUGCGUUCAUCACGUAUUAAAACUUAUGCACGUAUAGUAAUGAAUAUGUAUGAAAAUCCUUGUUCCAUAAUCAAAUUCCGCGUGCGAAUGACAUUUCUAUAACGUAGCACUCGAUCAAGUGAGCAUCAAAGCUAAUGAUUGAUUGAUUAUAGAUAUAGAGAUAUCGAUAUCAUAUUAUCCGUUGCAUCACCUCGGGAAAUAGCAAGCGUCUCGUGUUCAAGCUCUCACUUGCUGAUUUUGAACGAAUUAUCAACAAAAUGCAUUUUUCUAUCGAUUUCUAUUGCAUUCCUGAAGAUAUAAUGGAUAAUUAUUGUUUAAAAAUGCGAUUUUGUUAUUAUUGGAAUAAAAAGUAUAUACGAUAGAUAGAGUCUCAAUAAUUAUUGUCAAAGACAACUAUUGAUGUGUUAUUUAAAGUCGAUCCCCUUUCUCGUGAACAGUACAUUUCUAAUUCCACGAUGCAUUCGAAUUGCAAUUGUAUAUUUUGAGCGGGAAAUAAAUAUAUUUAAAAAUAUUGA